CAGCACAGGCUGAUGAGGAGGCUGCCCCACCAGGAGCUCUGCUGAAGGCUGCAGCCUCUCUGCUGAGAGUCAACCACUGUGCUGACUCACCAUCCUUGUGGUUGAGAACCCAUCAGCAAAUUGGCAGCUCUGAUGAACCCUGGAGCUGCAAAAUAUAGGCCGGAGAACCUCAGCCGGAAGGGAUUUCAGUUAGUGACAGGUUUUCUAUUCUUAUAUGGAACUACAAGGGGCCCAAGAGGACCUGGGCAUUUCCCUCUCUAGUCCCUGGAAGGACCAUGAAACCAGGCCAGGAAGCAAGGCUAAGGGCAGGAGCAGUGUCUGUCUCCAGGGGUCUGUUUGGACUGCUGGAGGAAAGCUGAGGCUCAGAGCAAGUGAACAUCUCACCCAGGGUCACUAACAAGAGCUCAGGGAUUGGAACCCAGGAGAAGAUGCUUCCCUUCUCUUCUCCACGAGUCCUUUUAGGGCUGGCAAGUUGACGCAAGCUGCAGCUCAUGCCUUCAGACCAUGCUGGGUCCAAGGAAAUGCAUGGAUCUCCUCCAUUACAAAGUUUGACUCCAAGAGAAGCCCAGAAGUGGCUUCCAGCCCCUCCUACCUGACUGUGCCCCGCCCUUCACCACUUCCUGUCUUCCUGCCGCCCAGUGGCAGAUGUGUCUGUGGGGGCUGUUACCUGGGAAAGUCCACCAGGGGGAGUGCAUGGCAAUCUCUCCUCUCAGAUCCUCUGGGGGUUCCUUUCCCCACCCAAACUAGGUCUGGAGGUUGA